UUCGUGACGCGAAGUUGGAUGUGAGUUACGAGCGUAGCCGCAUGGGUAGAGUUACGACUGAAAAAUAGUGGUUCGAGAAGUCAAGCGUGAACACGGCGGCUCAAAAAAGCCUGCGUUAAACAGUAUUCCAGAGUAAAAGCAUCAAAAGCGGCCAUCAUGACUGACAGGAAGGCAGUAAUAAAGAACGCUGAUAUGUCUGAGGACAUGCAGCAGGAUGCAGUGGAUUGUGCCACACAGGCCAUGGAGAAGUACAACAUUGAGAAGGACAUUGCUGCAUAUAUCAAAAAGGAGUUCGAUAAGAAGUAUAAUCCGACAUGGCAUUGUAUUGUGGGACGGAACUUUGGCAGUUAUGUGACGCACGAAACUAAGCAUUUCAUCUACUUUUACUUGGGUCAAGUGGCCAUUCUGCUCUUCAAAUCAGGCUGAGGGAACAGCUGUCGUUCAUGAAAGUUGGACAUCAACUCCAAACCUGGACUGUGACGCACUGAUGGCUUGAGCCACACUCUACAUAAACACACGCACACGCUUACAUUCUCUCCCAUAUACACAUUCAUGAAUUUAGCUAUAGAGGCUGUGCAUAAAUGCAUGGACUGUGUAUAUUAUUUAAUUUGUAUAUGUU